GAGCGCCCGCGCAGCGCACCGCGCCAGCAGAUCGAGCGCGAGGACCGAGAGCGAGCGCGAGAGCUAAGACCGGGAGCGAGAGCGAGCAGCGCGCCGCGAUGGCCGCCGGACGGAGCGACGUGCGGGCGGAACGCCUGGCCGGCGAAGACGAGAACCUGACCAUCUGGAGCGACACGGAGACGGCGCUCUUCCUCAAGAUCUGGCGCCGCCCCGACGUGCAGACGGCGCUGCGCCAGUACACGCGCAAGCGGCCCAUCUGGAAGAAAGUGUCGUCGGAGCUGGCCGCAGAGGGAUACCGCCGCAGCGCCGAGCAGUGCAAAUCCAAAAUGCACAACCUGAUGACCAGCUACCGCCGCGUCAAGAAGGGUGUCGACCCCGAGUCACGCUGCAAAUUUUUCGCCGUUAUUGACCAGACUAUGUCUGCGCCGCCGUUGCAGGUGAUGACCUCGCCCGAGUUCGACCUGCAGGCAGCGGCGGCCCAGGUCGGCGGCGAGGGCAUGGACCUGGACGGCGGCUCGUCGGAGGAGAGCGGGCCCAGCACCUCAGGCCUGUCCGACUCGGCCGGCCUCUACCCGCACUCACACUCCGUCUCUCCGGGCGGAAGAGAUGACCCGAACAGUAUGGCAAUCGAGAUGGACAGGAACCGCUCCACGCCCUGGAGGCCGGUGCCGGUUCGACUGGCUGAGCCAGUCUAUCCCCCGCGCGACAGAGGCCAGAGAACUGGCGAAGAUGACAGUGACCAGCCGCCACGCAAACGCUACUGCAACUGGGAGGAGCGUUACGAGGCAGAGCUGGCCGCGCGCGGAGGCUCGGGCGCCGCCGACGACGAGCUGUCGGGCGGCAUGAAGCGCGAGCUGCCGCACCUGAACCCGAUCGGCGGCGGCGCCGGCGAGCGUCCGUACCGCGCCGGCUCGCCCGAGCCCCACCCGGCCGACGGCGUCGAGGACAGCUCCGGUGCCCGUGACCUGCGCGUGCCGAGCCGCUCGCCGCCCGAUCGCCGUCCGCCGCGUCCGGCCGAGGACCCGCGCGCCUACACCGUGGAGGCCCGUGAUCUGAUCACGGCCCGCGCGCGCCAGCUGCUCAGCGUGCUGCCCGGCCACCCGAGCCUGCGCUCGGCACCAGAGCCACUGGAGAGGGACGAGCAGCACAGCAACGGUCAGCACCGGCCAGAUGAUGACAGCGCGCGCCACCAGCUGCCCAACGACCAAAGCAUUACGCACCUGGAGCGGAUGGAGACGCUGCUGCAGGAGCUGGUGGACAUGCAGCGGGCCUUCCUGCUGUCAGAGGAGCGCCGUCGCCGUGAGCAGCUCAUCCGCGAGGAAAACUGGCGCAUGCAGGACAAGGAGUUCCUGGUGCGCCUGGCGCAGACUCUGGCCAACUCUCACCACUGAGCCGGCUGCGCCGGGCGACCGAUCGUCGCUCAAGGCUGGAACCGAAGCAGCACGCGAACGAGUGCAGACGACGCGCGUGGUGGAGCGUGAGAUGGCGCAGUGUGGCGCGCGCGCGGCGCGGCCAACGUGACGUAGCAGCGGCGCGGCGGCAGAUGGCGUGGCGGUCGCAGCGGCCCGCGCGCGCAGAGGGCGCCCGUGUUUUGAGUACAACGCGAUGUCCAGUCUCUGUCAGGGCUGGGUACGGUCUCUGGCGCGCGCCCUCGGAAUAGGGGGCGCUGCUGGCGCGUGGUGCGACGGAGUGAAGGACUCCUAGGCGGGCUGUUGACUGGCGGCAGUGAGUGAGGGAGUGGGCAUAGUGGAAACGUAACGCACAGCGUUUUAUUCUUAGUCGUGCAUGGAUCGACUUGUUGGAAUGUAGCGAAAAACGCUGAACAGUGGAUGGCAAAAUGUUGCGAGCGACAUGGGCUGACACGUAGGAUAGUUCGUUAGAUUUUAGUCACCAGGUCUGCGUGUCGGCUGUUGCGCGGUUGCUUCAAGCAAAUAUUUUUACCAACACAAUCACGUGUGUCACACAUCAGCGACCGACUUCGUCACCACGGAUCACGAACAUGGUUCUGCUUUUUUCAUGUUUAAAAUAGAAGGGUUGAAAUAACCCUGCGUUGUGGUCAUACGUUAAGGCUAUUCUGACGCACGCGUCAAGUCAUCAGAUCAAACUUAACACCAUUCAUAUGUGCGGACCUCGGAGCAUUGGUGGCCAAGCUUAUGGCAUACGGUGAUGAAUAUCACUCUAAACAUAGCCCGUAAAUGCGGCCGUAAUUGAGGCAGCGGACACCACGAAAGACACAACAACAAAAAAAAAAUGUCGUGUCGCUAUGGCUCUGUACAUACUUGCUCUUCUAAAUGCUAAUCUGCCUACGCAACAUUUCACGAUCACUCCAUGUAUAGCGAGAACACGAGCCUGGCACAUGUGCAGCCACAGUCCGCACAGCUAGGUGCAGUGUCGACUGCUGAAGGUAGGGGAAGGGGUCGGACGGAGGGGAAAUCGAGGAGACAGAGAGUACCUUAGGUUAAUGCUUUUCGUGCGGCUGCAUACGCAUGGUGUCAAGGUUCAAGAUGCGUUGGGGACGCGCCCCGAUCCCCACUGACCCCACCUUUGCGUACAACCUGUAUGUCUGAGAUGCAGCCGGACUUGGCGAUAGGCAUUGCAUUGGUCGCUGUUUGCUCUCGAUCUAGCGAUGUGAAUAACUGUGACGAUCUUUUGGUACGUGCUGAACGCGAUGUGCCUUUUGCACCUCGAGGAUAGAGGUGCCAUCUACCCACAGCUCACAAUUGACAACGGACCAACGUCUGCCAAGUUUUAUGGGUUUUCUGGUUGGGCAAUAGGCUAGUCAGAAAAUGCACCGCGCACACGUUGCCCUUAAUAUAAAAUAUCAGUGCACCGCCAGCAAGGAUGGGACGUGCCAGGCCUUAAUAUAAAAUAUCAGUGCACCGCCAGCAAGGAUGGGACGUGCCAGGCCUCUGCAAGAUGAACACCUGUGCCCUCCCAUACUGCACUGAACAUGUCCAGUUGCAUCUCAUGUCUGUACAUAUUUAUGCCACAUUGUCCCGGGUCAGGGUGCGGCGCUCCCGUGGCGUGGAUGAGGAAUGGGGUCUCGCGGGUGCCUUGUGGGCAAGCAACAGGCUCUUGUGAGUGCUUUGUGGGCAAGCAACAAGCUCUUGUGAGUGCUUCAUGGACGAGAAGCCAGCUCUGUCGAGGGCCUCGGGAGGGGGAAAGUCAGCUCCGGCUGCGAGUCUCUAGUGCGAACAUUGAACUGUUGGGGUGAAUCUCGAGUGCAAGCAUUGAACUGUUGGGGCGGGUUUCUAGAAUGAGCAGCGAGCGGUUAGGCGAGUUUCAAAUGCGAGCAGCGAGCUCUUGUGGCGAGUCUCGAGUGCAAGCAGCUACCCGUGGGGGCGAGUCUCGAGUGCGAGCAGCUAGCUGUUGGGGAGAGUUAUGAGUGUGAGCAGCGAGCUGUUGGGGCAAGUCUCGAGUGUGCACAGAGAGAUGUUGAGGCGAGUCUUGAGUGUGAACAGCGAGCUGUUGGGACAAGUCUCGAGUGUGAGCAGCGAGCUGGUGGGCCGAGUCUCGAGUGUGAACAGCGAGCUGUUGGGCCGAGUCUCGAGUGUGAGAGCAAGCUGGUGCGUGACACGGGCAGCACCGCGCUGGUCAAGGCACUGAUCUGGCCCAGGGGCGCCGGAUGACAGCACGCGCCGCUCCAGAACAUUCCGUGGUCUCGUACCGUGCUGUCGAUGAUGCAUGAAUUGUUGGUUUUCGAACUGUGGGGAGAUGGGAUGACCACUGUUCUAGCGGCAAUACAACCGUGUCUCGACGGUGUUCUCCAUU